GCGCCACCUACAGCCUGGGAGGGUGAGCGUCAUGGCGGCUUCUUGCCCUCUCCCGGUGACCCCGGACCUGCCAACUCUGCGUGCCAACUUGCAGGGACUGCUGCAGUUCCUGAGGGAUGCCCUGUCCAUUUCCAAUGCGCAUACCGUGGAUUUCUACACAGAAUCCGUGUGGGAGGAGCUGGUCGACUUGCCACCAGAGACAGUGCUGGCUGCGCUGAGGAAGUCAGCGUCCGAGGCGGAGGCCUGGCCCUCAGAGACGCGCCCCCUAGUGGAAGCAGAGGGGGAAGCAGGUAUGACUGAUUUUCCCAAAAUAUUUUGUGAAACUUCUCAGAAGUUGGUGAGUGUGGAAGCCUUUGCUCUGGCUGCGAAAUACUAUUCUGUACAAAACUUGGGAAUAUGUACUCCUUUUGAACAGUUGCUUGUAGCCCUUCGAGGAAAUCAAAACCAGAGAAUUGGUGAAAAUCAGAAGGCAGUUGAGUUUAUGAAUAUGAAGAAAUCUCAUGAAGUUCAGGCAAUGUCAGAGCUAAUCAGCAGUAUUGCUGACUACUAUGGAAUAAAGCAGGUGAUUGACUUGGGUUCUGGUAAAGGCUACCUAAGCUCUUUUUUGUCCUUGAAGUAUGGCUUAAAAGUUUAUGGAAUUGAUUCCUCAAAUACCAAUACUCAUGGAGCUGAGGAGAGAAACAGAAAAUUGAAGAAACAUUGGAAACUCUGUCAUGCUCAGUCAAGAUUAGAUGUCAAUGGACUAGCAUUAAAAAUGGCAAAAGAAAGGAAAGUGCAAAAUAAAGUUAAAAAUAAAGCUGAUAUUGAGGAAGUGUUUAACAACAGUCCUACAAAUCAAGAAAAGAUGUCUACCUCAGAUACUUUGCCUGAUUUUUCUGGCCCUGUAAUUUCUAAUAUCAGAAACCAAAUGGAAACCCUUCAUUCUCAGCCACAUCAAGAAGAAAAUUUGUGUUUUGAAAAUUCCUUUUCUCUUAUAAACCUUUUGCCUAUUAAUGCUGUAGAGCCUACUUCUUCACAGCAAAUACCCAGCAGAGAAACAUCUGAAGCCAAUAAAGAGAGAAGAAAAAUGACAUCACAGUCAAGUGAAUCAAAUAUAUAUUCACCUUUAACCUCUUUUAUCACGGCUGAUUCAGAACUCCAUGACAUUAUUGAAGAUUUGGAGGAUUGUUUGAUGGUGGGUCUCCACACUUGUGGUGAUCUGGCUCCAAAUACUUUGCGAAUAUUUACCUCCAACUCUGAAAUCAAGGGAGUUUGCAGUGUGGGUUGUUGCUACCACCUCUUAUCUGAAGAAUUUGAAAACCAGCAUAAAGAACGUACUCAGGAAAAGUGGGGAUUUCCAAUGUGCCACUAUUUAAAGGAAGAGAGAUGGUGCUGUGGUCGUAAUGCCAGAAUGUCAGCAUGUUUGGCAUUGGAGCGGGUUGCAGCUGGCCAAGGGCUACCUACUGAAUCACUCUUCUAUCGUGCUGUUCUUCAGGAUAUUAUUAAAGAUUGUUAUGGCAUCACCAAAUGUGAUCGGCAUGUUGGUAAAAUUUAUUCCAAAUGUUCUUCUUUUCUGGAUUAUGUCAGACGGUCUCUAAAGAAGCUUGGAUUAGAUGAGUCCAAGGAGGUGGUUCAGUGACAUGAAAAUCACCCUGUCAUUGGAGAUUAAACCAGCCAGGAACAUGAGUAUUCCCAUGUCAUCUGGAGUCUCUAACCUCCGCUCCUCCAAUGCCAUCACCCAUGCAGAGCCAUGAACCAGUAGUUACUUCACCUUCUCCAACUCAGCCAGCAGAAACCCAGAUUACAACAACAGAAACCCGGAUUACAACAUUACAACAUUACAAACAAGGACAAAACCCACCAACCCCAUUGUACUCUUACACAACACAUGGGAAUGGCACCAUGACACAAUCUUCAAAUUGCCUUUGACAUAACAAUCAAACUCAUGUCCCCAGCACAAAAUUCACAGAUCGCCACUAUCACUAAGGGGAUGUCUAUGGAAAUCUGUAUUUCUGCCUGGUGUUUCUCACUUUUUUGGAUGUCAACAUUAACAUAAAGUAUUUCUACAUCAUCUGCAAGAUGCUGCAACUGCCUAUGGUUCUGUUGCGAGACCUUCUGUAUUAGUCUGUUCUCACACUGCUAUAAAGAACUGCCCGAGACUGGGUAAUUUAUAAAGGAAAGAGGUUUAAUUGACUCAUAAUUCCUCAGGGCUGGGGAGUCUUCAGGAAACUUAAGAUCCACUGCAGAAGGGGAAGCAAACACAUCCUUCUUCACACCCCAAUAGGAAGGAGAAGAAUGAGAGCUGAGCAAAGAGGGGAGCCCCUUAUAAAACCAUCAGAUCUCAUGAGAACUUACUAUCAUGAAAAUAGCAUGGGGGAAACUGCCCCCAUGAUUCAAUUACCUCCCACCAGGUCCCUCCCAGGACACGUGGGGAUUAUGGGGACUGCAAUUCAAGAUGAGAUUUGGGUGGGGACACAGUCAAACCAUAUCACCUUCUAAUUGGAGCUUUGCAGAGUGCAGGUGAAAGACAAGUGCAAGCAGAAGACGAUAUCUACAUUAUUGAGGUUAAUCUUUAUGUCAUGGAUUAAAGUGGUGCUCUUUGAGGUUUUAUGCCCGUCACUGUAGAAGACAGUGACCAGAUACUACCAUGUCAGACAUAUUUUAAACUCCAGGAUUAUUUUUCUAUGUCAGUUUCAUCUAGCAUUUCAACAUGUCAAUGGUAUUGGGUAGAGUGAGUCUCUAGCUCAAAACUCUGUGUAGUCAGCCUCAUUGUUAAUAUAGUUCUCAUUUUUUAUGCUAAAACUGACUCAAUCCUUCUGAUCAUUGCAGAGUUCCCUCCCCAACAUGAACACUUUAGAACUGUGUGUUCUCUUUAGACUCCACAAAUCUUGUGUCCAUCAAAGAGAAUAAUCACUGACAAUGUAGGAAAUGAACUUCUAUCUUGGCCACCAAGGCUGCUGAGAAGAAAGAAAUAGGACUUAAAAAUCAAAUCUGAUUUGAGACUUUAUUUGAAAGAAAUUCAUGAUUAUUUCUUAUUUCUAUAUUAUAACUCCAAAUGUUACAUUUCUUAGGUUCCUCCAAGGGUUCCCAAUGAACCCAGGUUUUUAUUUCAUCCAUGGAAAUAAAAUAGGAGUUAGUCUCAUUUGACUAUAACAGGUAUAUUUGUUUUCUCAUGGCUCUGGAAAUAUGAUGCAUUCAGUACUUGAUCCCUGGAUCAAGGUAGUAGCUAUUUUACCAGUCAAAAGAAGUGAGUAUGGACCAAGUAGAAACCAGGAGGAGAAAAUCAUUUGCCAUGUGAUUAAACACUUUUAUGCUGUUUCUACUAUGUUUGUGCCACAAUACUAGGCACUACAGUAAACAACCAGCAGGCUCUCUCAACUAAUUUUUACAGGGCAGAAAUUAAAGGGAAAAGAGGAAAGAAUAGGGAAAAAAAAAAAAAAAGCCUUUCUGCCUUAGAAAAGUUACAUUGCAAGUAUUACGGUGUUUGAAACUGUCACUAGUUUCAACCCAAAUUCUAAACUUGUAAAUGCCUUCAGACCACUUAUAUGUUUAAAAUUGUUUCAGAAAGUUGAAGGGUCUUUUUCAUAUCUAAUCAAUUAUGGUGUUAUUUUUCACAAUUCAAUUGUGAGGCUUAUUGUAAAGAUACCUUCAGUUACCAGUAUAAUUGUUGAGAAAUAUAGAUUUGCGAGGGCUAGGUUUGUCAGAAGAGAAACAUUUCUACAUGAACAGUUAAAGCUGGGUAUUAAUUUCUAUUUCAAUUUGAGUAAACCCUGAAUAAUUCAUGCUUGGGGUUUAGAGGUGCUCCCAUCAUAAUGAUCUAGGAGGACAAGAUGCUUGCUUUCAAAGCAAACAUUUUCAACACUAUUCUGCAGAGGUCUAAGAAACUAAUAGAUCCCUUGAAUGAAGGUCCUAUGGGAAAAUAAAAUUGUGACUCAUGGUAUUUCACAUUUCCUAAAUAAGACCAGCCUGAUCUGGCCUAAAUAUUUUUUUCAUACUACAGUGUUUUCUUAAAUUGAUGCAACAUGCAUAAACCUGGGAAUUUGAAAUUAAAGCUCAGAUUUGUAGCUUCUCUGAAAAGACUUGGCUAGAUUAGACUGCAUUCCUGUGUGGUCAGGGCCCCACUAGAUGGGGCCACAUUCUCUAGCCCUGCCUCCUCAUUUUUGUUACCUGCCUGGUGCCUACAGGGCUUUCAGUUUAUGGCGCCUGCCCUAUUUUCUAUACCUUUCCUGGAUAUUUAUUAUACAUGGUAAGGCCUCUGGGAAUAUGGUUGGCUUUGUUUAACACAGCAUUGCCCAAACUUGUUUGAACACAUGAGCACAGUGACUAGUAGCAUUCUGUGAAACAGAGUAUAUAGGGACUUAGGGUACUAAACAGGAUUAAGAAUAGGGUAAGAGUUCUAAUCCUAACUCUUAGCAGUAACAUUAGGGUAUGUUGUUCUUUAUGUCUAAAUCUUUUUCAUCUAUUAGAUGUAAUCAUUUCCAUACUAACUAUGUCAUAUGAUGGUAACUCCAAUAAAAUGUUACUUGUGAAAACCACUAUAGAUUCUGAAGCAGUUUGGAGAACUUAUUUAAAAAUACUAUAGAAAUGCAAAGUAUUUUCUCAGUAGAUUUCAUAAUAAUAGCAAAUCUAGCAUUAGUUCUCAGUAAAUAAUUUCAAUGGUGUUAUAUUCGUAAGUCUCUUGGGUAUCUUUUUAAUAGUUUAUUUUUGAAAAAGUUGAUGAGAAAUUUUGCUGCCCUCUUACACUGUAAAAAAUUGUCAAUAACUGAGAGAGAGAAUAGAUAAGAGGGAGAAAGGGAUAGAAUUUACUUAAUAUGAAUUUUUCCUAUAAGUAUAUUAAUCUUAUAGAUUGCAUUGAGUUUUGCUUUUUGUUUUUGAUUCCUUGAAACACAGUUGAGAUUCCAUUACCUACACUCUGUCUUAGGACAUUGGGACAUUGGCGUAAUUAAGACUGUAUAUUUAAACUUAAGAAGUUUUUCACAUGUUUAAGAAGUAGCAGAGCCAAUUGUUCACUUAUGUCUACAAAGAUGAAAUAAUUUUGUGAGUACAUGAAAGUGUGAGAAACUGUUAGUGGUUGUCUAGGUUCAUUUGUGUGUGCACUCAUCAAUAACAUUUUUUUGUUUUUUUCAUUUUGAAAAAAAAUUCUUGGGCCGGGCACGGUGGCUCACACCUGUAAUCCCAGCACUUUCUGAGGCCGAGGCGGGCAGAUCACGAGGUCAGGAGAUCGAGCCCAUCCUGGCUAACAUGGUGAAACCCUAUGUCUACUAAAAAUACAAAAAAUUAGCCGGGCGUGGUGGCGGGCGCGUGUAGUCCCAGCUACUCGGGAGGCUGAGGCAGGAGAAUGGCGUGAACCUGGGAGGCGGAGCUUGCAGUGAGCCGAGAUCACACCACUGCACUCCAGCCUGGGCGAUAGAGUGAGACUCCAUCUCGAAAAAAAUUCUUCUGCUUGGUCUAUUCUGUUAUUGAAGCUCUCAAUUGUAUUCUUUAUUUCAUUCCUUGAAUUCUUCAGCUGUAGGAUUUCAAUUAGGUUCUUUUUUAUGUCUAUCUCUUUAAUUUCUCAUUCUGGAUUUCAUUGACUUAUCUGUACUGAGUUUUCUUAAGAUUAUUAUUUUUGAAUUAUUUUCUCUGGCAUUUUGUGUCUUUCCUUAUAGUUUGGUUCCACUACUAGAGGAUUACUGUGUUCCUUCGGAGGUGUCAUGUUUCCUUGCUUUUUCAUGUUUGAUGUGUCCCUACAUUGGUUUCUAUGCACUCAGUGGAAAAGUCACAUCAUCCAGUUUUAUGGAGUAGGUUUCAUAAGUAAAGGCUUACUCAUAUGAAUGGGUUUUGGGAUAUUAGUUGGGUGGGGUACAUUGGCUGUGGUCCUAGGUGGAUGCAGUAGUAUAGUACCCACAUAGAUUCUUCAGAUGCAGUCCAUGCUAGUGGCAUUCCUGAGUGUCUCGGUGGCCUAGGCUGAGAGAGUUUGUGGACAGUGGUGGGGCAGCUUUGCUAGGGGUGGCCUCACUGCACUGUUUCUCAGGUUGGGGGUGCAUGCCUGCAUAUGAUGGCUCAGCCAGCUUGGAGCUGGCAUUGGGGUUAUGAGGAGUUACUCUGGCUGGGAGCACAUAUACACAGUUGCUCAGCCAGCCUGGGGUGUGGCUGCCAAGAGCUGCCCACAGGGAUGUUUCUCAAGGCCUGGGACAGGAGCGCAAGGCUCUUCAGCUGACCUAGGGCAUGUCGGCCAGGCCUCUCCAGGGGAGGGCUACUUCUCAAGCCUGGGAUGUAGGCACACAGCUACUUGGCUGGCUUGGAGGCUUGUAUACUGGGGCUGGUCCCCAGAGCUAUUUCUCAGGCCUGUGUCAUAGGCCCACAGCUGCUCAGUCAGCCUGGGUGAUUGCCCUCCACGGGCAGCCUGUAGGGCUGUUUUUCUCAAACCCUGAUUGAGUGCAUUAGGCCUUUGGGUAGCCCAGGGGGUGCGGCACCACAGGGCUGUUUGUACAUCGUUGGUUGUGGGUGUGUACUUCACCUGGCCUCAGAGCAUGUCAGUUGUUUGGAGGCUUCAUGGCCUCUCACCCUCAGGAGAGGGCAUGCAGCAAUUUUGCCAGUUCAAGGGUAGGUUUACACUAGACAGGACUGCCAGACUGUUUUUGUGUCUGGAAGUGAGUUGGUUUCUCUGCUGUGUAGGACCAGAGUGACAGCCAAUCCUGGACCCAGGCCCCAUGCAGCUUAGGUUGUGGCAGUCAGCCACCCAUAUGGGCUUGGUGGAAUGAAGAUAGAGCCCCAGUGGUGUAGAGGUAGUAUUACUGACUUUCAGAGCAGGGUGCACUCCUGAUGUUACUCUGGUCUUAAGAUGGCUCUGUGCUAUAGAAGCUUGGCAUACAAGGCUAGGUGGGAGUGGGGAGUGCACGCAUUGUUCUCCUAAUCUGGGACAAUGCAGCUGUGAGGGUUCCUGGAAGCUCUCCAAACUGGGCUCACCACUUAUGAGGACUAUGAGAUUCUCUUGUAGAAAGGAUGGUAAGUGUUUGUGGUAGUGAUGGGGGCUGGUAGCGUUCUUCUGCUUACUUUUUCCCUGUAACAGGAAGUUUCUGCUGCUUUGGGGCAGAUCUCAUCCAAUCAGAGAAGAUGGAGUUACAGAGGCUAGGUGUCUCCAAGCUGCCCACCUGGACUUCUAAUCACCACAGGUGCAUCUGCACUUCCCUGCUGCACUCCAGUGCUCUCCGUUCAACACUCCAAUCAAAUCUCAUCUGUAUAUUCAUUGCCUUGUCUCUUUCUUGUAUGGGGGGACUGGCAUCAGGCGUCUGUAGUCAGUCAUCUUGCUAAUGUCACUUUGCGUUGUUAUUUUUUUUCCAGGUAUUUCUGAUCUGCAGAUAAUUAAGUCUGUGGGUACAGAACCUGCAGUUAGAGAAGGCCAGCUGUAUACUUCUUAUGCACUUGUGAGAACAAGGCCAUUUUUAGUUUGAUUUGGUUUGGUUUUUUUUACACACAGGUCUGCAUAUGGUUUCACUGUUUGGAGUUCUCCCUUGGCUUUUUUGCAUCAAACAUAGUUACAAUGCAUAGUAUAUAAUAUCCAGUUUUGGAUCUCUUAAAACAACAAGCUUUUUUAAAAAUUUUACAGUAAAAAGGUGUUCUCACCUUUUCUUUCCAGAAUACACUCAAAAGCAACAAACAGAAUGAGAAAGAGAAACAAAACUCUCUUUGACAAUAUCAGAAGGAAUUUGAAAUCUUAAACUAUGUAUAUUACAAAGUAUAAUGAAGGUAAAAGAGGGAUGCAGAAAGAUGCCAAGAGGAAAUGCCCACAGUUACAGAUCUCAGACAAAAUCAACAGAACAUAGUUCUCUAAAGUGUCGUAUCCUGAGGAACAAAAUCAACAAUCUCUAGUUUGAAACAAACACAACUGGUGACCAGCAUGGUGCUUCCCAAUUUGGCACAAAAGAAAAAAAGAAAAUGGACCACCCAAGAAAUCAUAUUGAAGAAAUACGUUUUCAGGGAGCAAGAUAGGAAAGAUUAUGAGUUCUGAGUUAUCUUACAACUGCUGAUCUUCAGAUGGUAAAGGAGAGAACUAAAGGCUGUAAUUCAACACACACAAUUUUGUGAGAUGAGAGUUUUUGCUGCCUUGAAGUUCAGGCCUGGAUUUAGUCUGAUAUAUUCUUCUACAAAAGUUUUCUCCAGCAGGGACUCGUUUGAUUCAAAAAAUGGCAAACUUUUAAAAAGGAUGGGGAGUGUGUAAUCUGCAUGGGUUCUGUACGAAGUGGGAGAGUUUUUCUGGAAGGCUUCACAAGAAAUUGAAUGAGACAGAGCCUUACUUUCCACUACCCUUUAUAGUUUUUUAAAUUCAAAAGAAAUUUAAUGCAAUAGUAAAAAUAAAAUAAAAUAGACUUUGAAAAAAUAAUAAA